AUGAGCUACGACGCUAUUAUCAUCGGUUCUGGCCAGUCCGGGGCCCCCCUGGCUGUUGCAUUCGCCAAAGCCGGGCAUCGGACUGCCCUGGUCGAACGCGAGCAUAUCGGCGGCUGCUGCAUCAACGAAGGCUGCACGCCCACCAAGACGAUGAUUGCCUCUGGACGGGUGGCAUAUCUGACUCGUCGUGCAGGGGAUUACGGCGUGCUCACCUCGUCUGAAGUGAUGGUUGAUAUGGCCAAGGUUCGGCAGCGGAAACGGGACAUUGUUGCGUCCUUUCGCGCAGGGAGCGAGCAUCGCAUCCAGGCUGCAGGUGUCGAGCUCAUCACCGGCAAUGCACGGUUUAUUGAUCGAAACACAUUGAAGGUCACAGAUGGCCACGGCGGAGAACAGAUGGUGCAGGGGGAUAAGAUCUUUGUGAAUGUCGGGGAACGGCCUGCGCCUCCGAGCGUCGAGGGACUCGAGGCUGUUGACCCCGGCAGAGUCCUCGACUCGACCUCCAUUCAAGAACUGGAUGCCGUGCCCAAGCACCUGGUGGUGGUGGGCGGGGGAUACGUGGGCGUGGAAUUCGCACAGCUGUUCCGCCGACUGGGCGCCGAGGUGACCAUCGUGCAGCGCGGCAAACAGUUGAUGCCUCGAGAAGACGCAGAUAUUGCCCAACGCCUGCUGGAGAUCUUCCAGCAAGACGGCCUGACGGUCCAUACGGAGUCUCGCCCGCUGCGGAUUGUCUCUGCGGGGGACAAGGGCUUCAUCUUGACGAUCCACCGUCGAGCCGGCGACCGCGACAUUCCCGGCACGCACAUUCUCUUUGCCGCCGGACGGAUCCCCAACACGGAGACGUUGAACCUGGCGGCAGCGGGCAUCCAGACAGACAGGAAGGGAUAUAUCGAGACGAACGCCUCGCUGGAGACCUCGACGCCGGGCAUCUACGCCAUGGGGGACGUCAAGGGCCCGCCGGCCUUUACGCACGUCUCGUAUGACGACUUCCGCAUCCUGCGAGAGAACCUGAUCGAUCAGUCCAGCGCAUUGACGCGCUCGACAGCAGACCGGAUUGUGCCGUAUGUGGUCUUUACCGAUCCGCAGCUCGCCCACGUCGGGCUGCACGAGCACGAAGCGCGCGAGCAGUUCCCAGCCCGACAGAUCCAGACUGCCACGAUGCCCAUGUCGUAUGUGGCGCGCGCUCUUGAAACAGACGAGCCCCGCGGCACGAUGAAGGCCGUGGUCGACGCCCCGAGCGGCCAGAUUCUCGGCUUCACCUGUCUGGGCGUGGACGGCGGCGAGGUGAUGAGCGUCGUGCAGACGGCGAUGGUGGGCGGGACGCCGUACAGGAAGCUUCAAGAUGCGGUCUUUGCACAUCCGGUUCUGGCGGAGAGCUUGAACAAUCUCUGGAGCUUCUUACAGUCUGACACCAGACCACAGGUUGAUUAGACUGAUUAUUUCAUCAACAGUAUAGCUAGUCCUAUAGAAAUAUCAGUGUGACAGUCUAUAGAUCAUAUAGUGCAUCUAUUGCAAGAUUCCUGUUUAUAAUUC